UGGAAAAUUGAGCAAAUUCGACAUGUCUCAAUUUCUUUCUCCUUUCUUUCCUUUCAUUUUUUCCUCUCUUUCUCCUUGAUUUUUUCUGUGUUUUGUUCCUUGUUCUUUCUCUAUCUCUCACUGUGGGUAUCUCCUAAGCAGCUGGUGAAGAAAUGUCAAGCCUCUGUAUCCAAUGAACAAGACAUUGUUGCCAUCAUCCUCACCUGUGACUCAGGGGCCCCAUUGGUGAGUUCUCUACUCUUCCCUCAUUCUCUGCCCAUCUCUCUCAUGUUGAAUUCUUCUAGAUGUGUCCAUUAGGUGCAGGGGAGGAUAGAGGAAGUGACACAUGGAGAUCCCAUGCUGGCCACUCUUACCCAGGCCCAUUGCCCCUAUUUUUUGAGAAAGAAACCUGAGGGAGAGAUGGCUACAGGAGGGAGACCACAGGAGACACCCAAGAUGCUGGGGGCCCUCUAGCCUCUCUGGCCACUCUCCAGGGCUUUCAGCUGUCUGGAUAGUCUUACCCUGGAGAAGAGUUUGCCUUUCAAAUUCAGUUAGAAAGUAUAUCUCCCAUCACCACAUCCCAGUUGUCCCUACCCCCCCUAGAAGUCUUAGAUCUAAAGGAUGGGAGAAGGACCAGAGAUUGGACGUGAACUAAUCUAGCUCGGAGCUGUUUUAAUUUCCCUUUCUCUAAUCAAUAGUGAUUUAGAGCAUUUAAAAACCUGACUAUAGAUAGUUUUCAUGACUUCAUCUAAAAACUGCCUGCCUUUGACUAUUUAUCAUUUGGAGAUGGACUUGUUUUCUACACAUUUGACUCAUUUCUUGAAGUGUUUCAGCAAUGAGGCCUUUAUUAAGAAACUUGUUGUAAAGGGUUUUCCACAGUUAUAAGUAUUGUGUAUUAACUUCUAUCCUUUUUUUCUCUCCUUUUACCCUACUCUCUUCUCCUUUUAUCCUGUCCAUCCUUAAAAGUGUUUUGCUUCUGACCAGUAUCUUCUCCAACAUGUAGUCCUUUCUAUCAAUUCCACCAUAUCCCCAUCCCCUCCUACUUUCCUGUAGAAGAAGAUAGAUUUCUAUGCCCAGUUGAGUGUGUACAUUGUCUUUGAGCCAACUCCAGUGAAAAUAAGGUUUAAAUGUUCUCCUUUCAACUUCCUUCAUCUUCCCCUCCAAUGAAAACAUUUUCCUGCCUCUUUUGUGUGAGGUAAGUUUACCUAUUCUACCUGCCUCUCUCCUCCAUCUUCUCUCAGUGUAUUCCUUUUCCUCAACAUUUAAUUUUUUCUUUUUCCUUUUUUGGGGCAUCAUGCUAUCCUAUUCAACUCAAACCUGUUUUCUCUGCCCAGAUAUACUCCUUUUAACUGACCUAAAAAUGCAAAAGUUAAUAGGAGUCACCAUUAUCAUUUUUCCUUUUAGUAAUGAAAUAAGUUUAACCUUAUUGAAUUCCUUAUAAUUUCUCUUCCCUUUUUGCCAUUAUAUAUAUAUUUCUUCAACCUUUUAUUUGAGAUUCAGUUUUCUUAUUCUGUUCUGAUCUUUUCAUCAGGAAUGCUUCAAAGUCCUCUUUACAAUGACUAUCCCAUUUCCUCGACUAAGCAAUCUACACAGUUUUGAUGGGUAGAUUAUGCUUGGUUGUAAUCCUCACUCCAUUGCAUUCUGUGGCUCUACAAGUUGUGAUUUAAAGUUUGUUUUUUUUUGCCUAUUUAUGAUAUUUUCAUCUUGAUCUAAGAGCUUUGGAAUUGGAUUAUAUAAUUCCUGGGACUUUUCUUUUUUUUUUAAACCCUUACUUUCCAUCUUGGAAUCAAUACUAUAUAUUGGUUCCAAGGCAGAAGAGUGGCAAGGGCUAGGCAAUGGGGGUUAAGUGACUUGCCCAGGGUCACACAGCUAGGAAGUGUCUGAGGCCAGAUUUGAACUGAGGACCUCUUAUCUCUAGUCGUGGAUGUCAAUCCACUGAGCCACCCAGGUGCCCUUGGGACUUUUCAUUUUGAUAUAAGUUUAUAAAAGCCAUGAGUGGAUCCUUCCCAUUUCUAUUUUGCCCAGUGGCACAAGAAUAUCAGAACCAAAUUGAGCUUCUAGGUAGAUUUCCCUUGUUCUGUUGCUAUCUCCUUGGCCAACCCGACUAACUCUUCUGAUCAGCAGAUCAUUCUUCCUCAUUGAAGAUAUUCAAGCAUACUGGAUAACCAUUUAUCAGGUAUGUUCUAUUAAGGAAAUAAAUUCUUUUGGAUAUAAGUUAUCUGAGACAGACAAUGAAAUUCCUUCCAAAGCUAAGAUUCUUUUUUCAUUCUGCCUUAGUAGAGAAUGUAUUCAGUUCUUUUAGUGAGAGCAGUUAGCCAGUACAGAGUCUUUCUAUUGUUCUAAAACAUAGAUUCUCUUGGUGCCCCUGAAAUAAUUCGAUCAGCACCUAUUUACCCAUGACUCUUACUCAGCAUUAUAUAGGUACCCCAGACCUGCCCCAAAACAAAGAAAGUACUCCAGAGUGAGGGGAAAGGGAGAGAAAUAGGAGGAAGGAAAUAACUAAAUAUUUAUAAAGUUGGGCAUGCUACUAAGCAUUUUAUAAAUGAUAACUUUACAUCUGAAAACAAACUUAUAAUAUAUCUUCUAUUAUUAUUUUCAUUUUAGAGUCAAGGACAUUGAAAGAGACAGAAAUUGAGUGAUUUACCUAAGGUGACACAGUUGCACUGGAUUUGAACUCAGAUUGUCUUGAUUCUAGGCUCUGUGCCCUAUGCAUUAUACCACAUCAAGGAGCCCCUUAAGUUAUGAAAUCUGUCAUAAUGUGGCAAUGGUGGUCCUGUGAUUUUGGUGCUGAGUCCCCUGAUGCCCUCCCUGGAAGGGAUCCUCACUUCUUUAUUGCUACCUCCUUCUUUAAGGCCAAAGUGGUAGUUAUAGAUAAAAAAGUCAUAGUCAAGGUUGGGGUUCCUUAUCUGCUUCCCUUCUAACACAGCUAGAAAUCCUAACAUUGAUCCAAGGGGUUAACACUCAGGCUUUCUCUUCAACUAUACUGAGGCAGCUAAAGUCCUUCAGUGUCUCACAUUUUAGCACAUCUCUAGGGGAGAAAGUAUUUCACAAACUUGGCUUCCUUGACACCAUACCUUCCUGUACCCAUCAUACCACAGGCUGAAAUCCAGUUCCGAGGUCCAGUUGGGCAGGAACCCCUGUUGCCCAACAGAACAUGGCAGAAAAGAUAUAAAAAGGAACUGGCUGAGAAUCAGUGAGGCAGAGGAAGGAUCAUGGAGCACCUCAGGAAGGUACUGCUGUUGGUCAGUGUGGUCACUCUCAUUCCUGCCCAAGUUUUGCCUCAGUCAUCCCCAAGGGAUGGGAACACCCUCUCUGCAGCCAUUCACUUCUACAACCAGGUACAUGGGACAAAGAAUGCAUUCAAGGUAUUGGAAACACACCCUCCUCCAUCUAAUCAGGGAGCCCUUGAGCAAAGGCUGAAGUUUCUAAGCGUUACCAUGAAGGAGACUAUGUGCCCAAGGAAUGAGGAGUUCCCCUUGCAGCAGUGUGACUUCAAAAGAGAUGGGCUGGUGAAGAAAUGUCAAGCCUCUGUAUCCAAUGAACAAGACAUUGUUGCCAUCAUCCUCACCUGUGACUUAGGGGCCCUAUUGUCUCCUCGCUCCAGAAGAAGCAUCUUCAAAACAAAGAGAAGUAGAGUUACCAAAUAUCACCCUCUUCUUUGUAUUGGUUGUGGUUUGAGGUGGCCAAAAUUUGGAUAAUCCUGACCUCUUUUAUCCCCAAAGCCAGACCAGAACAACCAAUAAAUACCUUCUAUCUGGCAUGAUUUACUUUAUUUUCCAUUUCACUCUUCCUACAAACAUACAUAUGAGCAAUGGGGACUGAGCCUUGGGUAAAACCCUUCUCAAAGUAUUUCCCCAGGUUGAAGGAUAUGGAGAGCCUGUUUCCUGGAGAACUUUGGUGAUGUCAGUGCCCUAGAGUACCCAUGGGGCAUGUGUGGAAUGCUGUCACAUCUUGUCAUUGCUGAGUCAGUUGGGUUGGGGGAACUUCUUUCUUUGCAUGCGGAUCUGGCAGGACAAUUCUGAGGGUUAGGGUUAUUCACAGUCAGAGAAAGAACUGUGGGAGUAGAAAUACAGAAGAAAAGCAACUGCUUGAUCACAUGGGUCGAUGGGGAAAUGAUUGGGGAUGUAGACACUCAAUGAUCAUUGUAAUGCAAACAUCAAUAAUAUGGAAAUAGGUCCUGAUCAAUGACACAUGCAAAACCCAGUGGAGCUGAGCUUCAGAUACAGGAGGUGGGUAGAGGGAGGGGAGGGAAAAACAUGAAUCUUGUAACCAUGUAAAAAUAUUAUUAAUUAAUUAAUUAAUUAAAUAAAAAUUUCCAAAUUAGAUGUGGAUCUUGAACUAGGAAAAAUGUUCAAAAGACUUUAGCAGGUGCUGUUUUGUUUGAGCCUUUCUGUCUCUCUUGGUUGAGCUGAUACCUCACUCCCAGUGGCAGAGCUCAUUCAGUCUGUGUAUUGUCUCUUAUAUUCUCCCCUCUGUGACUUUUCUGAUUUUUGCUUGCUAUCUUCUUGGAUAAAUGGACUUCAUGGAUAUUCAGUAUUCAUUAUGGUCUUUGUGUAACUUGAAAUUGAUGGGAAUGAAGUGAAGCCUUUGGAAAAAGGCUUGAGAGACCUCUUCUCCUUUAAUGGUUGUCAUGAACCUAAGGAAAAACUGAUUACUCUCAGCUCUCAUGAUUUGGAGAGCAAGAACUUAUAUUUUGCAAAGAUCACACCAACAGAGAUGUGAUCACAGCAGCAGAACCAAGUUUGAAUUUAGGUCCCCUGACUACUUCAAAUGCUCUCCUCUUUCCCCUGCACCCACUGGGUUCUGGCUCUAGCUCUGACUGUGUGACCUUGGACAAAUCACCUUUCUGAGCAUGAGAGUCUUUCUCUGUAAAAACAGAGAUAAUAAUGCCAAAACUACCCACUUCCUAAGGUUCUUUUGAGGAAAACACUUAAAAAUCCUUAUAGUUGUACAAACAAAACCAAUGUAACUAAAAUCAGAAGGGAAACAACAAAUUGGGGAAAAAAAUCUUCAUAGAAACCUCUGACAAGGGUUUAAUUACUCAAAUUUAUAAAGAGCUAAAUCAAUUGUAGAAAAAAUCAAGCCAUUCUCCAAUUGAUAAAUGGGCAAGGGACAUGGAUAGGCAGUUCUCAAAUAAAGAAAUCAAAACUAUUAAUAAGCACAUGAAGAAGUGUUCUAAAUCUCUUAUAAUCAGAGAGAUGCAGAUAAAAACAACUCUGAGGUAUCACCUCACACCAAGCAGACUGGCUAGCAUGAUAGCAAAGGAAAGUAAUGAAUGCUGGAGGGGAUGUGGAAAAGUAGGGACAUUAAUUCAUUACUGGUGGAGUUGUGAAUUGAUCCAACCAUUCUGGAGGGCAAUUUGGAACUAUGCCCAAAAGGCGACAAAAGAAUGUCUACCCUUUGAUCCAGCCAUAGCACUCCUGGGUCUGUACCCCAAAGAGACAAUGGACAAAAAGACUUGUACAAAAAUAUUCAUAGCUGCGCUCUUUGUGGUGGCCAAAAAUUGGAAAAUGAGGGGAUGCCCUUCAAUUGGGGAAUGGCUGAACAAAUUGUGGUAUAUGUUGGUGAUGGAAUACUAUUGUGCUAAAAGGAAUAAUAAAGUGGAGGAAUUCCAUGGAGACUGGAACAACCUCCAGGAAGUGAUGCAGAGCGAGAGGAGCAAAACCAGGAGAACAUUGUACACAGAGACUAAUACACUGUGGUAUAAUUGAAUGUAAUGGACUUCUCCAUUGGUGGUGGUGUAAUGGCCCGGAACAAUCUGCAGGGAUCUAGGAGAAAAAACACUAUGCAUAAGCAAAGGAUAAACUAUGGGAGUGGAAACACUGAGGAAAAGCAACUGCCUGACUACAGUGGUUGAGGGGAUAUGACAGAGGAGAGACUCUAAACGAAACUCUAAUGCAAAUAUUGACAACAUAGAAAUGGGUUCGAAUCAAGAACACAUGUGAUACCCAAUGGAAUCACGCGUCGGCUAUGGGGGGUGGGGGUGAGGAAAAGAAAAUGAUCUUUGUCUUUAAUGAAUAAU